ACCCUCUACACCAAGCUGAAGAACCGGUUUACGCAUGUAAUCCCCGUAGAUGCUUUGUUAAGCCUCGUCGAUUGAGGAUCGACGCCCUGCAUGACCUUGAACGUGAUAUAUCAAAUGAGAGGCUGUGAAGAACGCCGCGAGAGUCUUUUUAAAGUCCCCCUCAUCCCCUCGUCUUUUCAAGCCUGGGUGUUCUCUUUUCUUUUGAUCUUAUCUGGAAUACUACUACUACCGAUCAUACCAUCUACCACCUUGAAUCUUGGAAUCCCGUCAACAGAAGCUGGGACUUCUUCAUUUGAUGACUGUUGCGUCGUCCGGCUGCGCCGCAUUGAUUCUCCCGCGAAUUGCCUGUUUACGGUCACCGUCGCUCAAGGGUAGUUCCCAGUAACUUGACAGUACAGUCUCUCAGAGUCGCUGAGCACGAACCCCUCACUGUUGCGACAUCUCACACCCAACAGGGCACAAGUAAGUAAUCACAGCUAAAUACCUUGUCAUUUCCUUUGCCCCGGUCUC